GCGCCAGUGCUCCGCCCGGGUGCAAUUCGCCCAGAAACGAAGAAGGAGAAGAAGAAGUCGGCGAUUUGUUUGGGAAAUGGCGGGUGCUAUGAAAGAAAAACAACUUGUGCGACUUGUUUAUGCGGCAUUGCAGGCUGUGUCUUGUCCCUUGGUGGAAGGUCUGUACCUACAGGAAGCAGACAGCAUGCUGCAGCUGCUGUGUGCUCCCUCUCAGCACCGCACCGACAUACUGGCAUGGAUCUGCAGCAGUAUCUACCCAAAUUUUGCCACUUCCAAGGCGAUGUCAAUGAGAUCCAAAGACCCAGAUGUUUUGACUAAAGAAAUGGCUGUGCUUGGGCAAGAGCUGAUGCUGUGCAAAACAGGUGACCUGGACCUGAUCAGGGGUGAUGCAAGUCCUCACCGGCAGCUUCAGUUCCUGGAGCAGCUUUUAACUCUAGUCCCCAGCUGCAAGCAGUCUGCCGAGCACAGAGUGGAUGAAGAGAUGCUACUGAGCGAGCUCUACGCUGCUGAGAAUCUGCCUCACCUCACACAAAUGCUCAAACCCACAUUUGACCCCUGGCCGGCACACAUCAAGGCUUUACUCAAAGGCACCAAGUCAACUUAUAAGCCAAGUAGAGAGGAGUAUGCCGCCCUUCUACAAUUGACUCAGUCAGCACUGGAGCAGCUACAGUCAGAGUGUGAAUUCCUGAACAAUGAGGCUCAGAGCCCUGGCGUCUUCUCACCAAGCUCACUGCGUGUGGUGGCGUGUGACCUUCAGCAGUUGAUGGCUACUUUCAGCCAUGUUUACGAAACAGACUUGAGAGCGUACUGCAGCAGAGACCCCCCCAGCUUCAGCACAGGGACCGAUGUCUUUAAGAGAGCACACCAACUACUGCUGUCCUGCAACACGGAGUUGGAAAUGCUAAAUGAAGUAUCAGAAGCUUCUGUGUCCAUGAAUGAGGAAGUAAACUGGCUACAAACACAGCCCCGCUACUGGAGGAGAGGAGAGAAGCACACGUUACCGGACCAACUGGCAGAACUUACCAGGCGAAGUAGAGAGUUUCUCUCCCUGCUUCAUUCUUGAUGGCAAAGACUUCAAACUGUCAGGGUGAACGUUGAUCGACCGCUGAAGUUAGCAAAGCACACAGAAUAAUGUGGUAAUAAUCCGAGGAAAGUCUAAUCUGUACUUGGGUUAAAAUUUUAAACAUCAGACAGAAUUGUGACCAAAAAUGACUAUAUUGUUUGAUUUCACUAAUGUUAACCAUUGAGAGCCACCGUUGCUCAGACACACUUUAGCAGAACUCAUGUUUCUGUAUCUGCAUCAUAGUGAAAACUAACAGUGUUUGAUGUAGUCCCUGUUUAUUAUUUUAAGUUCAGUAUGAUAGGGAUUUGGGCAGGUUUUGUGUAAUCAUUCACAUAAUACUGGCAAUACUAUGUAAUUAGCAUGCACUGCUCUUCAGCAGUGAGCAGAAGGGAUGGUCUCAGUAGUUGUAAAAUCAGAAUUUAACAUUCAUCCUUUUUCACCCUAAAAUGUAUAUUCCUUUGCAGAAUUCAAUAUAAAUGUGCAUGUUGUAUUACUGAAUAAAUUGAAAUACUGUGAA